UAGCUACGGCGCAGGUUCCGGGCUUGAGUCCGUUAUGGCCGCUGUCUCCCUGAGGAGAAUGAGCGGAGCCGCGCAAGCGAAGCUGCCGCCCCGGCCGGGCAUCCAGGUCCCCGGGGGUUUGGAGCGGCCGCUGGUCCUGACGCUCCUGCUCGCGUCCGCCACCCUGUCCAGUGCUCUAUUACCAGCUAACUCACCGAGCGAGACUGUACCCGAGGAAGAUGUUUCUACUCCAAAUGUGAGUGCUGUUUUAACAGAUGAAAAACAAACCAAACCUCCUAUUUCCCAAACCAGCACUACUCUCCUUCCCACAACUAGUACAGAGAAAAGCGGAAGGGCAUCGGUCUCCCCUCAUCUCUCACCUACUGCUUCUUCGUCCCAAGCGGAAGCUGAUAACAAUGAAGAUCCUAGCAUAGAAGAGGAGGAUCUUCUCACCCUGAAUAGUUCUCCUUCCACUGCCAAAGAUACUCUGGACAAUGGUGAUUAUGGAGAACCAGACUAUGACUGGACCACCAACCCCAGGGAGGAUGAGUCCAGUGAGACGUUGGAAGAAAACAGGGGCUACAUGGAAAUUGAACAGUCAGUGAGAUCAUUUAAGACCCCAUCCUCAAAUAUAGAAGAGGAAGAUAGCCAUUUCUUUUUUCAUCUUAUUAUUUUUGCUUUUUGCAUUGCUGUUAUUUACAUUACAUAUCACAACAAAAGAAAGAUUUUCCUUCUGGUUCAAAGCAGGAAAUGGCGUGAUGGUCUUUGUUCCAAAACAGUGGAAUAUCAUCGUCUAGACCAGAAUGUUAAUGAGGCAAUGCCUUCUCUGAAGAUUACCAAUGAUUAUAUUUUUUAAAGAAGUGUGAUUUGAGUUUGCUUAUUAUGUAAUUUUAUUUGCUUGACUUUUUAUAUGAUAUAGUGAAGAUUUUUGCCAUAGGCAAUUGAUAUUAAAUGAGAGGUGGGUCUCUCUUUAUUUUGCCUUGGUGCUUUGGAAAUUAAAUGCCACAAACAAGGAGUAUAUAAUUUUUUAUCUACACUUUCAGAGGUGAAUUCAAUCAGUUGGCCAAAAUGUGGAGCAUUACCUGUUACUUUUUAUUGUUUUAGAUUUCUUUAUUGUACUUCUGGAAGUAUUAGUGAUGCUACUUUUAAAAGAUCCCAAACUUGUAACUAAAUUCUAACAUUAUCUGGUACUGCUGACUCAGAUUCUAGUUCUGCCAUCCAAAUACUUUUUUUUAAGGAUACAUUUCUUUGUGCUCUCAAACUGUAAUCUACAAGGAUGUAUGUAAUAAUACUUUGCAUAUAAGUAAAGUAUUAUUUUUCUUCUCCAGGAAAAUUGCUUUGGAUAUUUUUAGAUAAUUUAAACAUAAUUUAAGAUAAUGAUACUCAAUCUGACCACAAUUUUAGGUCAAUUAAUAAAUGUGUCUAGAAAUUCUGGCAAUAGAAUAGAGACUGCAGUUUGCAGUGGACAUAGGUAAAAUGUUACAGAAAUAACACUUUUGGUUUGAAUUACUGAAUUAAAUUUAGAGG